ACGGUUUAUUAGGAGGGAGUGGUGGAGCCGGGCCAGGCAGGAAGACGCUGGAAUAAGAAACAUUUUUGCUCCGGCCCCUUUCCCAGUCCCGGGAGGCCGCCGCGCCAGCCGCGCCGAGCCAGCCCCUCCCCGGCCCCAGCCCUGCCCGGGGCCGCGCCCGGACCCCAGACCCUGGCCCUCUGUCCAGCGCCCGUCGUGCGACCGCGGCCGCCGCCGGGGAGGGGAGGAGGCCGCCUGCUGCACGCUCGCGCCGCGCUGCCCGCAGGGCAGGCCAAGAGGGACCAUGACCUUGGACCCUCCCAGGAGAACCCUUCUGAUGCUACUGACGGCCUUGGGCCUGACCCAGGGCGACCCCGUGAAGCCCUCUCGGGGCCCGCUGGUGACCUGCACGUGUGAGAACCCAUACUGCAAAGGGCCUACCUGCCAGGGGGCCUGGUGCACAGUAGUGCUGGUGCGGGAGGAGGGCACACACCUCCAGGAACAUCGGGGCUGCGGGAACCUGAACCAGGAGUUCUGCAAGGGGCGACCCACCGAGUUCUUCAACCACUACUGCUGCUACAGCCCCUUCUGCAACCACAACGUGUCCCUGGUGCUGGAGGCCACCCAGACUCCGCCAGAGCAGCCGCAAGAAGAUGGCCAGCUGCCUCUCAUCCUGGGCCCCGUGCUGGCCUUGCUGGUCCUAGUGGCUCUGGGUGCCCUGGGCCUGUGGCAUGUCCGGCGGAGGCAGGAGAAGCAGCGGAGCCUGAACAGCGAGCUGGGCGAGUCCAGCCUCAUCCUGAAGGCAUCCGAGCAGGGGGACAGCAUGCUGGGGGACCUCCUGGACAGUGACUGCACCACCGGCAGUGGCUCAGGGCUCCCCUUCCUGGUGCAGAGGACAGUGGCGCGGCAGGUGGCUCUGGUGGAGUGUGUGGGAAAGGGCCGCUAUGGCGAGGUAUGGCGGGGCCUGUGGCACGGUGAGAGUGUGGCCGUCAAGAUCUUCUCCUCGAGGGAUGAACAGUCCUGGUUCCGGGAGACUGAGAUCUACAACACGGUGCUGCUCAGACACGACAACAUCCUAGGCUUUAUCGCCUCGGACAUGACUUCCCGCAACUCAAGCACGCAACUGUGGCUUAUCACGCACUACCACGAGCAUGGCUCGCUCUACGACUUUCUGCAGAGGCAGACGCUGGAGCCCCAGCUGGCCCUGAGGCUAGCUGUGUCCGCGGCCUGCGGCCUGGCGCACCUGCACGUGGAGAUCUUCGGCACGCAGGGCAAGCCGGCCAUCGCCCACCGCGACCUCAAGAGCCGCAACGUGCUGGUCAAGAGCAACCUGCAGUGCUGCAUCGCGGACCUGGGCCUGGCUGUAAUGCACUCCCAGGGUAGUGACUACCUGGACAUCGGCAACAACCCGCGAGUGGGCACCAAGAGGUACAUGGCCCCCGAGGUGCUGGAAGAGCAGAUCCGAACCGACUGCUUCGAGUCCUACAAGUGGACGGACAUCUGGGCCUUUGGCCUGGUGCUGUGGGAAAUCGCCCGCCGGACCAUUGUCAAUGGCAUCGUGGAGGACUACAGGCCACCCUUCUAUGAUGUGGUGCCUAAUGAUCCCAGCUUUGAGGACAUGAAGAAGGUGGUGUGUGUUGACCAGCAGACCCCCACUAUCCCCAACCGGCUGGCUGCAGACCCGGUCCUCUCAGGCCUGGCUCAGAUGAUGCGGGAGUGCUGGUACCCAAACCCCUCUGCCCGCCUCACUGCGCUGCGGAUCAAGAAGACACUACAGAAGCUCAGCAACGGUCUCCAGAGGCCCAAAGUGAUUCACUAGCCACAGGCCUGAAGCCUGACUCCCCUCUGCCUGCAGUGUGUGUGGUGGGCAGUGGAUGGUGGCCUGUCUGGGUAGAGGUUCUGUGAGUGUGUGUGCUGGGGAGGGGAGUGCCCCUCUGUGGGCAGCUGUGCCUGCCCACCUCGGCCCCCAGCCCAUCCAGCCAAAAAUACAGCUGGGCUGAAACCCGAUCCCCGCACCCGCCGCGCGCCGUCUGGCCUGCUCAAAGCAGCAGGCUCCCUGACGCCGGGUUCCCCCCCCCCCCCCGCCCCCCCCCCACCCCCCGCCUCCCACGCCCUGGGUGCACCCCCCUACCACCCCCAGGACCUGAUGCAAAAGAGGCCUCAGAGCCAGGGUGGCCAAGCCAGGGAAUCCCAGUCCUGGGCCCAGAGUCUGGGCCUGCGCUUUACCCCCUGCUAUCAGUCAACCCCACUGCCCCACCAGAGCUGCCAGGGUGGCACAGGGCCCCGUCCAGCCUUCAGUAGACACCCUGCCCUGCCAGGCUUUAGCCUCUGUCCCAAGCCCCAGACACCCAGGCCCAUGGGUUUUUCUCCGUGGGUUUGUAUCUCAGCUCCAGGCCGCCUUGGGCCUCUAUCUCCUAGACAAGACCCCUGCUAGCUGAAUGCUAGCUGCCCAAGAGAGCGGGGGGCCUGAUCCUGGGCCCCUGCUCCACUCCCCUCCUAGCUGACUUACUGUGGCAUUAAAGCCAAGGAGUCUUGCUGCGGGCGUGGCAGAGUCAUAGGCCAGUGGAGAGGUGGCAGGUCAGAUGGGCAAGGCCCAGGACUUUCAGAAUAAACUGAGAGGAUGUUGGAGCCAAGCAUGGCCGCCGGGGAAGGGCUCAGCUGGGAGUCAGGAGACCCAGGGUCUGGUCCGGGUGCUUGCUCUACAGGACAAGAAGGAGGCCUUCGCUGGCCCAGGACCUUUGUUUCUUUAUCUACAUAUUGAAAGAUUUGUAGAUGAAGAUUUGGUCCUGAUGUCUUUUGGGGUGUUUUUCAGCUCUAAAGUUCUUUGAAAUGUUUA